ACCUAUAGACAGAUAUAUGCAUGAAAAGGCAUUAUAAAUACUUGAUCGUGAAGGACUCAACCAACCCAACUCCACAAAUCAUGACUGAACCAAAAGGUCGAACCGUUGGCGCCACAGAAUGCACCUGGUGCAGGGCGGUUCGCGGCGGCACCGGCAUCGCCGUCGUCGCAUUACGCAUUUCAAAACCUCCAAACACAAGCCAUUUGCAAACUGCAAUCCACAAACUCCAAAAUUACCAUCCUAUCCUCAGGUCCACUCUUCUACAACACGCAAAUAACAAUUUCUCAUUUCUCACAUCUCCCACACCCUUCCUCGAACUAACAUCACACGACCUAACAAACCAAAACGACGUCGUUAACAUUUCUCUUUCUCCACUACAACAAAUCCUAGAACACGAACUCAAUAACGAUAGCGCGUGGCGCGACACAACACGCGACUCAAACGACAUGUUUUUCGGGACCGUUUACGCGAUGCCCAACGACACUUGGGUUGUUGCGUUGCGGCUACACGUGGCAGCGUGUGACCGUACGACCGCGGUUUUGCUUUUGAGAGAGUUGCUUGAGAUUUUGGAAGAGCAAGAAGAGAUUAAAAAUAAAAAUAAUUUUGAUGAAAAUAAUAAAAAGGAAAUUAGUUUGGCAAUUGAGGAUAUUGUUCCUGGUGAGAAAACAAAGAAGGCUUUGUUGGCGCGUGGUUUUGACGUGCUUAGUUAUUCGCUUAACUCGUUUAGACUAACAAAUUUGAAAUUUUGUGAUGCUAAAACUACGAGGUUAUCGCAAGUGGUGAGGUUGCAACUUAACCAAGAUGACACUAAGGGGGUUCUAGCAGGUUGCGCAUGGAAUGGGAUAAAAUUGUGCGGGGUAGUGAGUGCUGCGGGAUUGAUGGCUGCACAUAGCUCCAAACGUGGUUCCAAGAAGUAUGGGAUCGUAACACUCACUGAUUGCCGAUCCACUCUCCAAUCACAUCUCUCAGAUAAUUUCGGUUUUUACCACUCUGCCAUUCUCAAUUCCCAGGAGAUAAAAGGAGGGGAAAAACUAUGGGACCUUGCAAAGAGAACAUACUCUGCAUUUGCAAACUCAAAGAAAUCCAAUAAACAUUUUUCAGACAUGGCAGACCUAAACUUUCUAAUGUGCAAAGCCAUAGAGAAUCCAGGUUUAACACCAUCUUCAUCGUUGCGAACCGCCAUCUUGUCGGUGUUCGAGGACACGGUUGUGGACAACAGUGGUAAGAAACAAAAAGAUGUUGGAGUAGAGGACUAUAUGGGAUGUGCUUCUAUUCAUGGUGUUGGUCCAUCUAUUGCAAUUUUUGAUACUAUUAGAGAUGGAAGCUUGGAUUGUGUUUGUGUGUAUCCAUCACCAUUACAUUCUAGGGAACAAAUGCAAGAGGUUUUUGGUAAGGUGAAGGAUAUACUUAUUGAUGCUGCUAAGUCAUACAAGGAUUCAAAUUAAUUAUGAUUAUGACAUGUUGUCACCACCUUAUUUAAUCAAUAUUAGAUAUAUAGAUAAAUUAUGAUUUUGCAUUUCAUGUAUUGUGUCUGAUUCAGUACAAAAAAUGUAUGUGUUUGAUUUAAAUUAAUUAAUAUUGUUGUACCAAAA